UACGUUGUAACAGUAUCGAAAGUCAUUACGUGUAACUUUAUUAAUGCAGGUUUGUUUUCCUUAUUGCAGGACAACAGAAAGUGAACGUAUUAGAAGAAGAAGAACAAAGCUUGCGCAAACUAAACCUGCUGGAUGAUGAGUAAAACUAUUUUGUAACAGACUUCUCUUUUUGUACAAAAACCGCGUAUUUCAAUUUCUAAUAUAUCUCUGUUGUGCUCGCACGCCGUGUUCUCACUUGAGUGGCAUCUGCCAGUCCUGACUGUUGUGUUGUGUUUCAGAUUGCUCCUGCCUCCAGGUAAACGCUAAGAAUACGUGCUACAAGUGGUGAUGGAGGUGUUUAUGUCAAAACAUGAUGAACCCCCAGCCAUCCCUGGCAAGUUAACAGUCAACACAACCCCUCGCCAACCGCCACUGUUAGGCGUCUCAUCAGACUAUGACAUCUGGAAAAUUAGAGUAAUGACGUGCCUACGUCGAGUUCCAACUUCGGAACACUUCGACUACCUUCUGUCCUACUUAGAUGACGAAGCAGCGAAACGAGCGACAGCUAACGGCUUUACUGCGUGCAAUUCACCAUCUCAAAAUUGGAAGAUUUUAGAUGAAUGUUUUUCGUUGAAGGUGGAUACCCAGCAGUCAGCCAUCCAAUUUUUGUCUCGCCACCAGAAACCUCAUGAAAGCCCCAUCGACUAUCUUCACUCAUUACAGCAGAUAGCAACCCAGGCAUUCCCUAGCCUAGACAUCUUGGGGCGAGAAGAAAUUACACGCUCCCGUUUUAUUGAAGGACUGCUGCCAGGUGCACUGCGAGAACAUCUACUUCGAGUGCCACCGGCUGACACAGCCGACUUGAAACGAACGGCACUUCGAUUUUUGACUGCUGAAAGACUGUCAGUUCCAUUGGCGACCUAUCGACCAACCGUGAUGACUAUCGAUGAAGCCACCGAACCUAAUCUACAAGAUAGCUUUCAAAGUGCCGCGGCUAUUAGAGAGUUCCCUGACCGGAAUAGUAGACGAGGGCAGCCGACUUCCACAUGGAACGGACGGUCGUCAAGAGACAACUAUCGAGGCCAGCAAACAGAAUGCUUCUACUGCAGACGUUUCGGCAAAAAUGCCAAGAAAUGCGGUCAUAACCGCGUGAAAAACAGAGGUAAGCAGUGUCGUUUGCAUAUAUCGUCUUGCUAUGUUAAACAUUUGUGCCCUGUUACUAUUAAGGGUAGAGUGCAAAGUACUGAGAUUAAUAUACUAUUAGAUACAGGAGCUUCAGUAUCCUUGAUCAAGGAAGACCUCUUGCAGAAACUUAACCACAGCACUCAGCGUAAACAAUGCUCUUCUACCUUAAUUACCGCGAGCGGAGAACCCUUGAAAGCGUGUUCUAAGAUAGGGUUAGAGCUGACGGUUGACAAGAAGCCUUUUCAACAUGAAUUCUGGGUUUGCCCCACACUGACUUGGGACAUGAUUCUCGGGGUCGACUUCAUGUUAAAAUACCAGGUCUCUAUACACAUGAAUAAGUCAGAAGCGAGUAUUGGUGGAGUUGUCGUGCAAAUACAACACCAUGAAAUACCAACUAAGUCCGUAGCCCAGGUGGGAAUUUCAGAAAUUGUACGUCAGGUACAAGAUAAUAAAAUAAUAAUUGAAAAAGACCGUCGAGCAACCACUGCUGUACUCCAACAAUUCAGUUCCGUUUUCUCUGAGAAUAUCUCUGGAAAUCGGACGACCACUGUACAGCACUCCAUCCUCACAGGUGACCACAUGCCAUUACGUCAACCACCUCGCCGAGUACCAGUACAUUACCAGCCUCAAUUAGAAUCAAUGAUAAAAGAUAUGCUAGAGAAAAAGAUCAUUGUACCAUCUUCAUCACCAUGGGCAUCGCCUAUCGUUUUAGUGAAAAAGAAAGACUCUUCCCUACGACUAUGCGUAGACUACCGCCGCCUUAACGCUAUAACUAAACGUGAUUCUUUCCCACUUCCACGUAUAGACGCUACAUUAGAUGCCAUGAAGGGCGCUCGUUGGUUCUCGACUUUAGACUUGGCAUCAGGGUAUUAG